AUGCUCCGAAAUCGACACUCCAUUAGUGGAUUGCCCACCAACACGGCUGACCCAGCGUAUGCUCGAAGUGGAAGCUUUAGCAGUGCAAGUGGAGCAGGUGUUGGCGUUGGUGGCGUUGGUGGUGGUGGUUAUCAACAACAGCAACAACAAUCUAGUGGUGGCUCGUACGGUGGUUAUUCCGGUAGCAACAAUGGAUACGGUGGAUACAGCGCCGGUCCAGCAAGCAGCAGCAGCCUGUUGUCCGAUGACAACAAGUACGCCAGUAAGAGACGAGGAGGCUCUAGCAUGUUUGGCAGCGGUGACAUGGCACAAAUGAUUCCUUGGAUUGCCUGUGGCAUCUUUGGACUUUGGGCGUUGAUUGCCACGAGCAUGAAUUGGAGCAAGGGCAGCCAAUUGAAAACCAUUUACAAGGAGGCCGGUUCCGCCUUGAAUGUUCAAGAAGUGAUUGAAUUCAUUCAAGCCGAACGCCGUCGAGCGUACUCCAUUCGUCAAGAAGCCAAGGAUUCCAUUCGGGAUCAUACGGACAAGCAUUCUUCCAAAGUAUCAUUGUUGCAAGAACAGAUCAAAGAAUUGUCUACUCACCGUGACACCUUGCUAGACAAGCACGAAUCCGAAAAGGCCAAGGCACGCAAGCGAGAAAAGAGAGAAAUUAGAGAAUGGAGAGAAGAAGCCUAUUACGAUCAAAUUACACUCCUGGAAUCGAGAGUGAGAAAGGAUGCCAAGCGGAUCAUUUUGGAACGAUUCGGUCCUGGUCCUCACAAGGUUGCCAUGUACUUUCGCAUUCCCGAUGGAAUGGGCAACUUGGGUCCGGAACAACGCAUGGUCAUUCAAAUGGCUCCACUCGAUCUAGUCCCUCAUGCGGUCCAUUUCUUUUUGGAACAAGUCGAACAUGGUCUCUGGAAUUCCGAAAAUUACUUUUACCUCAAUGGACCCCACGUCUUGCAAAUAGGGCCCCAAGUCUGGGAAGAAGAUUACGAGGGUGGAGAAUUGUCGGACGAAGAGUACGAAGAAAAACGAGUUGGACACUUUUACGAUUUGGGUCUGGAAGAAUUAAUCUUUCCCGAUUACUCGGACGAUUAUCCUCAUGCUCAAUACACUCUUGGAUUUACAGGACGUCCUGGUGGACCCGACUUUUACAUCAACAAGGUCAAUAACGAAGAGGCUCAUGGACCCGGUGGACAAGAUCAACAUGCCCUCGAUCAUCAAGCAGAUUCUUGUUUUGGUAUGAUUGUGGAAGGCAUUGAAGCCAUGCAAUACAUUUUCAACAGUAAAACCUAUCAAGACGAAGGAUGGGAAUGGAUGAUUGAAGAACCCAUUCCUAUCACUCGAGCCGAAAUUCUUACCAAGAAUCCAGCCCAGUCGGCACGUAUCUUGCCUGCCACUACUAAUGUUGCUGGUAAUGUUGCUGGAAUGGCUGGACAGCAGCAAGAUAUCAUUCAACAGCAGCAACAGGCACAGCAACAACACAUGCAUCAGCAUCAACAACAACAUCCUCACAAUGUCAAUCAAAAUCAUCUCAUGAACAAUGCCGAACAACAAUUCCAUUCGACUGGUGGCACUGUUACUGGACAACAGCAACAACAGCAAUUCAAUCAGGAUGCCCAAUACCAUUCCCAUCAGCAGCAACAACAGCAACAACAACAAAAUCAUGAUGGAAAUCAUCGCGCCCAAGGUCAUCAUGCUCGAAUGCCUCUGGACCAGAAUCGUGCGGUUCCAUAA